AUGUGCGAAGUUCUCCCACUACAACCUGCAGGUGCUUUCCUUCGUCAGUCCUUCAACUCUCCAUUGUUGCGUUUUCAUUCGGACUUCAAAAUGAAAUUACAUCCGCAGGACGAACAGGAAGACUUUUUGACAACAAUUCGACGCGGCAUUGACGAGCUUGGAAAUGAUGGUUCGGACAACGAAGAUAGCGACGACGACAGCGAUGAUGACGGAUAUUUCUAUAAGACCAGCAAUGAGAACACGUACUACAGUCCUGAUUCUAAAGUGCCGGGCGAUUCUUUUCUCUUCAACGAUGCGUCUGACUUUUCUAGUGCAUCAACAGCCUCUUCGUCACUCACCCGGCGGGCUUACCAAUUCUCCGACGACGAGAGCGACGACACGGACAAUCUCAUUUUCCGACUUGAAAUGUAA